AUGGGCUGUUUAAGCCAGGAUUAUCUCGGAGACCAUGUAGAACCAGGCAAGCUUGUUGAGCCAUUUGACUUGGUGCACGAAUGGGAACUUCCGGUGCAAGGAUGGUCUGAACAUCGGGAGCGAUUCAGUGCGUUGAGUGAAUUUUCACGUGUGUUUCUUAUGAAGCAGUCUUUUCUGUGCAGUUUAUGA